AACAAGUAUAUUUCUUAACAAAGGGCAUUUUCGUCAUGAUGAAUAUUGUGACAUUUCCAACUAUAUAUAAACAAACAAGACAAUAUCAGAAACAAGAAAGAGAAAUCUAAGUCCAAGUGUGGGAGACAAAUUAUAGUCUCUAAUUCAUUUUGCACAAAUCCCACUAUCUCUCAAUCAUUAUCAUGGUAGAUUAUCUAAUUAAUAAACAUCCCCAACUACUAGUAAUAGUAAUUCUACUCAUCUUUGUUGAAAACCCCAAGACCAUAUGGUUUAUUUCCCAAGCUCAAGCUCUAAACAACUCAAAUGGAAGCCCAACAAAUACUACUGCAGCCUCCGCCGUACUGGUCUUCGGCGACUCCACGGUGGAUCCGGGAAACAAUAACUACUUACCCACAAUUUUCAAGAGCAAUUUUCUGCCGUACGGCAGAGACUUGGCCAAUAAAAAACCCACCGGAAGGUUUUGCAAUGGGCGCCUCACAACUGACUUUUUAGCUUCGUACGUUGGUCUUAAAGAUUAUGUGCCUCCAUAUUUGGACCCGAGCCUCAGUAUGGAAGAGUUAAUGACCGGAGUGAGCUUCGCCUCAGCUGGAAGUGGUUAUGACCCAAUUACACCUCAAGUUGGAAAUGUACUUCCGGUGUUAAAACAAUUGGAGUACUUCAAAGAGUACAAGAAAAGGCUUGAAUCAAGCAUUGGGAAGCAAGAAACAGAACAUCACAUUAAUAAGGCCAUUUUUGUAAUAAGCGCCGGAACAAAUGACUUCAUUGUAAACUACUUCACCUUACCCAUUCGUCGAAAGAUCUACACUACUCUCUCCAGCUAUGACAUUUUCUUGAUGGAGCAUGUUAAAACGUUCCUACAGGAUUUAUGGGGCGAAGGAGCUCGAAGGAUCGUAGUAGGUGGGCUUCCUCCAAUGGGCUGCUUGCCAGGUGUUAUAACAUUAAACUCACCCAAUGAAUUUCAGCCACGUGGAUGCAUCGACAAGUAUAAUUCCGCAGCAAGAGAUUACAAUAAGCUUCUCCAAAAUCAAUUGGUUUCCAUGCAGAGUGGCUUGGCAAAUUUUGGUGCAAGGAUAGCCUAUGUGGAUUUAUAUGGACCGGUGAUGGAAUUGAUCCGAGAACCUACAAAAUUUGGUUUGAAGGAAAUCUUUAAGGGAUGUUGUGGAACUGGAUACCUUGAAGUUACGUUUUUGUGUAACCCACUUUCGUAUGUGUGCCCUGAUGCAAAUAAGUACAUGUUUUGGGAUUCAAUACACCCAACAGAGAAGACAUACAGCUACGUCUUUGAUACCCUUCACCCAAUCCUUGAUUUCCUGUUGAAACCAUAAGUUAAUAUAUAACUUCUUUCCAUAUACUAUAUAUAUACAUAUAUCACUCACAAUCGAAUUCUACCUACUCCGUAUAUAGUAGUCAUCGCUAUAAUUUGAAGUGGUUAAUCCUAUCUUUGACUAUCUUGAAGAACUGAUGAGUACGUAUUUAUAUUAAUAGAUGAGAGAUAUAUAUUCGGGGUACUGUCGGAGUACAAGCACAUGUUUUGAAUCAUAUAAAUAAAUAAAUAAAAAAGAAUUACCAAUUUGCAU